AACGUUCCUAAAACCAGAAAAAACCGACUUGAACCUCCUAGAACAUUCACAAAACCGGCCAGUACUGUAGCGCGUUCUUUACCGAUAACUGGGCCGGGUCAUGUGUGUCGCUGAUCCCUCGCUCUGUGCUAAUCAACGACAAUCUGCCGCAGAAUGCGGCAGAUAGGAUUUUCCCGGUCAAUGCCCCGCUCCGGUGAUACUGCCGGGGCCUUGGACUCGUUUCGACAGGCUAGCUUACGGCCCGUUCUGAUGCUUACGGCUCAGUGCGGGCGAUAUAUGUCUCAAAAGAAAAAAUAAUGCCGUCGUCGAUCGACAUGCUGUCAGCAUUCUUGCGGAUUACUUGCUUCCCAGCAUUGCAAAGCCAUCACCAUCGCCAUCGCAUACACACGGCCGGAGAUGCCUUGCUUUCAACAAGCACGCCCAUCUCGCCGAUAUACCAAACCCAAGCCUCCGCCCCGGUGUAACCUCGGAUUCCCGGUGGCCACGUUAAAACCCAGCCCCGAGCCCAUGCAGAAGAACACGGCCACAACUUGCUGAUCCCCGUCUACCCCUGUCUCGCCGGCGAUCAGAGCCAAGCUAAGGUGGGAAGUAGCUAGCUAGCUAGGCGCGGGAAUGGCGAUCGGCGGGAUCAUCGGCGGCCACCACCGGCACUCCGUGGUGGCGUCGCGCGUGGCCAUGUUCGCGCACCUGCUCUUCCUCACCACCGCCGUGCUCAUGCUCGUCUGGCUCCUGCGCUUCCGCGGCGGCAUCAACAUACAGUCCGACGACCCCGAGCAGAUCUUCAACGUCCAUCCCUUUGUGAUGACCUGGGGGUUCAUCCUUCUCAUCGGUGAAGCCAUACUGGUGUACACGACGAUCCCGAUGAACCACCGGGCGCAGAAGAUGGUGCACAUGCUGGUGCACCUGGUGGCCUUCAUCCUCGGCGUCUUCGGCAUCUACGCGGCCUUCAAGUUCCACAACGUGGCCGUGGUGCCGGACCUGGUCAGCCUCCACUCCUGGAUCGGCAUCGGCGCCAUCUCCCUCUUCGCGCUGCAGUGGCUCAUCGGCUUCGCCGUCUUCUGGAUGCCCGGCACGCACGAGCACACGCGCGCCGCCGCCGCGCCCGUGCACGUCGCCGGCGGGCUCGUCAUCUUCCUCCUGGCCGUGUGCGCCGCGCAGACGGGGCUCGUCCAGAAGAGCGCCAGCGCCACGCCCGGUACCGAGGCCAGGCUCAUCAACGUCACCGGCCUCUUCAUCGUCUUCUACGGGGUCACCGUCGCGGCCACCGUCAUGCUGCGCAUCGCCACGCGGUAUCAGUAGCUCGGUAGCCCUCUUUUCGGGUGGCCACCGGCCGCCGACGCCGGCCGAUGGGUCUGUGUACAUGUCUGUUUGAUUGGUUGUGUUUCUUUCACCAUUUGUGUACAUGUCUGUGUACAUGUUUACGUGUACUACAUGUAAAGCAAGUUUGGGUGGUUUGCGUGGUGUGUGCGCGUUAUGUCCUGAACCUUUUCUGCGACAUUUCUAAUCGGCUCGUUCACAGGAGCUUUGGAAAGAAACUUUGGGUUUCUCAAUU